ACUCUUCCGCUUCCCGUCCGGAGAGACUGCCAUCAAGUAUCCGAGUGAUGCAACAGAGUAUGACAACGGCACAUUUAGCUUCACCUACUACCAAAAUGAUAUACGAUAUAAUGAAAGCUUCUUCACGCUGCCCUUUGCGCGCUUCUUCCUAUAUUAACAAAAGCUAGCUCUAGAAUAAAGCCCACGACAACAGUGACAUGUCUACCAACACUAUCUACCUCAUCUCGGGUGCUAACAGAGGCAUCGGCCGGGGCCUCACCGCAGCCUACCUCUCGCGAGACAACACCACCAUCAUAGCCGCCGUCCGCGACCUCUCCCACGCAACCUCCCAAAGCCUCGCCUCCCUUCCAAAAGGCAAAGACAGCACCCUCAUCGUCGUCAAAAUCGACAGCCUAUCCCACAGCGACCCGGCCGCCGCCAUCGCCACCCUCCCCGCCCACUCCAUCCCCCACAUCGACGUGCUCAUCGCGAACGCCGGCGUGCUCGAGGUCAACCGCGUGACAGACAUCACCGUCGCCGAGUACCGCUACCACCAGGACGUCAACACCAUCGGCCCGCUGCUGCUGUUACAGGCGGCGUGGGAGCUGCUGCAGAAGGCGCCGCGGCCGAAGUUCGUGGUUGUGGCGUCCCAGCUGGGGAGUGUGGCGGUGGGGCCGAAGGCGGCGCUGGCGUCGGGGUCGUAUGGCGCGUCGAAGGCGUCGAUUAAUUAUUUGCUGCGGAAGCUGCAUUUUGAGAAUCCGGGAUUGAUUGCGCUGCCGAUAUGCCCUGGGAUGACCCAGACGGAUAUGGGAGCGCAUGUUGCCACGGCAAUGGGGAGGGAGAAGGCGACGGUGACGCUGGAGGACAGUGUCAAGGGAGUUGUUCAGGAGAUUGAUAACGCUACGCGAACUGCUGACGGUCGAUUCGCAUCCUAUCAGCACGUAGACUUGCCGUGGUAGCGGCUCUUAAGCAGAAAUAAAUCUAUGCUAC